CGGGGAGUACUAUCGAUAUCAUUGAUUGUUUAUUGUCAACUGUUAUCGGUGUAGCUUUCAGCUAAAUCAGCUUGCAUAACAAAUUGAACACAAAUAAUUAAGUGCUCCUGCUUAUCAGCUCACCUGUCCAGCGGUGGAUGAUAAGCAACGUAAAUAAAUACGUAUGCAAAUGGAGUAAGACGACACAGUAUCACUUUUCGAACGAUUGGUGAUCCAAGAUGAAGUACGUUUUGUUAUUUUCGUUGGCCAUUGGCCUCGUGUGUCACGUGAGUGCCAGCCGAAUCCCUCGUCUGGUUUCGCAGUUCCAAGAGCAGGAAGUGUUGCAGUACUUGGAGGAUAUUGAGGCCGAAAUUUUAGCCCGGCGUAACGCAGCCAGUGAGGCCAACUGGGCGUACGAUUCGAACAUUACGGACGACAACUUGGAUGUUAAAAAUGAAGUUGCAACUGAAAAUGCCGCCUUCUUCAAGAAAAUUUCGGAAUACCUCGCCCAGUUCGAUUACGAGAGCUUUGAGGAUGAGAAUUUGAAGCGUCGAGUGAAGAAACUGGUCGGUUUGGGCUAUUCGGCGCUGCCGGAGCAAAAGUUCACCACGAUGCUGGAUGCAAUUAACAACAUGAAGGAAAAUUAUGCUAAAAUUAAGGUGUGUGACUAUCACGAUCGUAGCAAAUGUGAUUUGGCAUUGGAACCGGAGCUGACGGAAAUCAUGGCUAACAGCCGGGAUUCGGAGGAACUAAAAUAUUACUGGCAGCAAUGGUACGAUGCUGCUGGGGCACCAACGAGAGAAGACUUCCAAACAUACGUUGAUCUCAAUGGAGAAGCGGCCUUGCUGAACAACUAUGAAUCUGGAGCUGAAUCUUGGCUGAGCGCUUACGAGGACGAUACGUUCGAGCAACAAGUCGAUGCGGUGAUUGAGGAACUGAGACCAUUCUAUGAGCAGAUCCAUGGAUACGUUCGGUACAAGCUGCGAGAGUACUAUGGCGAAGAUGUGGUGUCGGAGAAGGGACCGAUUCCGAUGCAUUUGCUCGGUAAUAUGUGGGCUCAAGGAUGGGGAAACAUUGCCGAUAUCACUAGUCCAUUUGGUGACCGUCAGUUGCUCGACGUAACAGAAGAGAUGGUGCGCCAGGGAUACAACCCUAUCCAGAUGUUCGAGAUGGGCGAUCUCUUUUUCCAGUCACUGAACAUGACUAAACUGCCUCAAACUUUCUGGGAGAAAAGUAUCCUCGAGAAACCGGACGAUGGACGGGAUCUAAUUUGUCAUGCCAGUGCAUGGGAUUUCUCGAAACCGGAUGACGUGCGCAUUAAGCAGUGUACCCGAGUGACGAUGGAGCAGUUCUUCACGGUUCAUCACGAGCUGGGCCAUAUUCAGUAUUAUUUGCAAUAUCAACACUUGCCCAGUGUCUACCGCUCGGGAGCUAAUCCGGGCUUCCAUGAAGCCGUUGGUGAUGUUCUUUCCUUGUCCGUUUCCACUCCAAAACAUCUCGAGAAGAUUGGUCUGCUGAAGGACUUUGUGCUGGACGAGGAAUCUAAGCUCAAUCAAUUCUACCGCUCUGCGUUGACAAAGCUAGCAUUUUUGCCGUUCGCUUACACCAUCGACAAGUACCGAUGGGGCAUCUUCCGUGGUGAUAUUAAGCCUGAGGAGAUCAUUCCGGUGGUGUUGCUAGUUUUUGGUCUAGUGUGUGCUGUUUUCGGUGCUAAACUCCAGACGUCACGGUCUGCCAGCGAGAAGGAGCUCGAGGCUCGGCAAUACGUAGAGCAGAUCGAUGAAGAAAUUUUAUCCCGUCGGAAUGUCGGCACAGAAGCCGAAUGGGCUUACGAGUCUAACAUCAACGAGGACAAUUUGUUGGUAAAAAAUGACAUUGCGGCAGCGAAUGCUGUUUUUAUGAAAGAAGUAGCGAAUACACUGAAAAAGUACGACUACGAAAACUUCAGCGAUGAGGAUCUGAAACGUAAAAUCCGAAAACUUACCAAGCUAGGAUACUCCGUACUGCCGGAGGACACAUUUGCCGAAAUGCUGGAUGCUAUCAAUCGAAUGCAGGACAACUACGCUAAGGUAAAGGUGUGUGAUUACCGCAAUGGUAGCAAAUGUGAUUUGGCAUUGGAACCGGAGCUGACGGAGAUCAUUGCUAACAGCCGUGACCCUGAGGAGCUGAAGUACUACUGGAAGCAGUGGUAUGAUGCUGCUGGUGCACCAACGAGAGAAGAUUUCCAAAAAUACGUUGACCUUAACGGAGAAGCGGCAAGGAUGAACAAUUAUGCGUCUGGUGCGGAAUAUUGGUUGAGUGCGUACGAGGACGACACGUUCGAGGAACAGGUGGAUGCCGUUAUUGAGGAGCUGCGUCCACUUUACGAGCAGAUUCAUGCUAAUGUGCGACAUCAGCUGCGGAAGUAUUACGGUAACGAAGUGGUAUCGGAGAAGGGACCAAUUCCGAUGCAUUUACUCGGCAACAUGUGGGCACAGGAUUGGGCUGGUGUGGCCGACAUUACCAGUCCGUACCCUGACCGUCAGCUGCUGGAUGUAACCGAAGAGAUGGGCCGUCAAGGAUACACGCCGAUACAGAUGUUCGAGAUGGGCGAUGAGUUCUUCCAAUCGCUGAACAUGACCAAGGUACCGGCUUCCUUCUGGGAGAAGAGUAUCCUCGAGAAACCGGACGAUGGUAGAGAAUUGGUUUGUCAUGCCAGUGCUUGGGAGUUCUCUAAAACUGAUGACGUGCGCAUUAAGCAAUGUACCCGAGUGACGAUGGAUCAAUUCUUUACGGCUCAUCACGAGCUGGGCCAUGUGCAGUACUUCUUGCAGUAUCAGCAUCUACCAAGCAUGUAUCGUGAUGGAGCGAAUCCUGGAUUCCAUGAGGCAGUCGGUGAUGUUCUUUCCUUGUCGGUUUCCACUCCGAAGCAUUUGGAGAAGAUUGGCCUGCUGAAGGACUUUGUGCUGGACGAGGAAUCUAAGCUCAACCAAUUCUAUGGAUCUGCGUUGAACAAGUUGGUAUUUCUACCCUUUGCCUACACGCUGGAUAAAUACCGUUGGGGCAUAUUCCGCGGGGAAAUUAAGCCUGAAGAAUACAACUGCAAAUUCUGGGAAAUGCGCUCGAAGUACUCCGGUGUAGAGCCUCCGGUAGUUCGUUCGGAAGAUGAUUUGGAUGCACCAGCUAAAUACCACGUGUCAGCCGAUGUUGAGUAUCUGCGAUACUUCGUUUCGUUCAUUAUUCAGUUCCAGUUCCACCGGUCUGCUUGUGAAAAGGCUGGAGAAUAUGUAAAGGGUGAUCCGGUGAAGACACUGAACGAUUGUGACAUCUACGAGAGUGCUGAGGCGGGUAAUGCUCUCAAGGCAAUGUUGGAGCUGGGAUCAUCGAAACCGUGGCCAGAUGCAAUGGAGGUUCUCACUGGAGUACGGCGUAUGAGUGCUGAUGCUCUGCUUGAGUAUUUCCAACCGCUGUACGAUUGGUUGGUGGUAGAAAACGAACGCAUUGGAGCACAUGUCGGAUGGGAAGAAACUAAAACACAUGUACGAUAACAACGUUGCGCAAUGCUAGAGCUGCUGAUAAAGUGCACCAUCGGUGCAGUGUUCGUGCUACAAUCGAUUCAUUGUGAGGCAGAUCCACAGCUUAAUCUGCCACCUUUGGCACCGCCGGGCCUUGAAGGGCGUCGUCCAGUGACGUUUCCGAACGGGGAUGGAUCUCCAACGCGUGUCCCCCUGGGUGUCAAUGGUGUGGUGAGUGGCGAUGGAAGUAGUGUGUACGAUCGUAGUAGAAGCGAACGGUUCGGUCCACCUUACGAUGGUGACGAUGAGGAGGAGGACGAACGACCGAACUAUCCGGCCCAACAGCAAGGUCGUGCGAAUAGUGACUACGAUAGAAGAACCGGACCAGAUUCGCCCUAUUCCUAUAAUGAUCGCAACAGGUACGGCGGUGGACGUGACUUUGACCCAUCGCGUAAUUUCAACCGAGAAAGGUAUCCGGGCGAUCGGAGCCCUAAUCCAGCCGUGUCCGAUGUAGACAAUCCAUUGCUGUAUCGGGAUGGUGGUGAUCGCAAUCGGAACAGCUACGUGUCGGAUGUAGAAAAUCCACUACUCUAUCGCGAUCGUACACCGUACAAUCCGAACCGUGAUGAUGAAAACGAUCGUAAUCGGUACAAUCCCAACGCACGCCCAUACAAUCCCAACGAUCCUGGUUUCGGAGGACGCACUUCCGACCCCAACAACCGUGAACCAGGUUUUCGCCAGGAUCCCAACUAUCGCGAUCAAGGCUUUCGGGAUCCAAAUCAACGUUUCCCGAACGAUGAUCCAGCCUAUCGCGAUCGUAACCGGUUUUCAGACGAUCCUAACUAUCGUGACCCUUAUCGCAGCCCGGAAGAGGAACGGUUCCGCAUCGAGAACGAGCGUCGGUUUCGGGCGGAAACGGAAAAGUUGCGCUCGUUCCUUUCCGAGAUCGAUCGGAAAAGCUCGCUCGAGUGUUCGCUGAAUGUGGCGGCACAGUGGAACUUUGAGACAAACAUCAACGAUGCAACGCAGGUCGAAGCGCUUGCCGCUCAACAAAGGUACAACGAUUUCCAGCGCUUGUUGUGGGAUCAAAUGCGUCGCAUUGACCAGACGAAAAUAUUCGACGACAAACUUUAUCGCCAGGUGCGGCUCAUGUCAAUAAUCGGCCCAAGUGCACUGCCACCAGAUCAACUCGACAGGUACAAUAGAAUCGUAAAUGAUAUGUUGGCCAUCUUUAACGGUGCCGCCAUCUGUGCGUACGAGCAACCGUUCGAGUGCGGUUUACGGCUGCAACCCCACCUGAAAGAUAUAAUGGCGAAGAGUCGAGAUUGGAACGAGCUGCAGUAUACUUGGCUCGAGUGGCGUCGUAAAUCUGGUCGAAAUAUGCGAGAUCUGUUCGAACAGUUGGUUGAUCUUACAAACGAUGCAGGGCGUGUUAAUAACUUUACGGACGCUGCUGCCUAUUGGACAUUUCCGUACGAGUCGCGCAAUUUCCGCGAAGAAAUGGAACAAGUGUGGCGUGAAAUACUGCCCCUCUACGAGAUGAUUCAUGCGUACGUGCGUCGCAAGUUGCGCGAAUUCUAUGGUCCGGAUAAGAUCAACAAAAAUGCACCCCUUCCGGAUCACAUACUCGGUGACAUGUACGGGCAGAGCUGGCAGAACAUACUGGACAUCGUCAUCCCGUACCCGGGCCGUAGCUUCCUGGAGGUUACGCCGGAAAUGCAGAAGCAGGGAUAUAAUCCACUGGUAAUGUUCCAGAUUGCGGAAGAAUUUUUCGUCUCCAUGAACAUGUCUGCCAUGCCGCCCGACUUCUGGGCCUCGUCAAUACUAACGCAACCACCAAAUAGACCGAUCCUCUGUCAACCAUCUUCCUGGGACUUCUGUACCGGGAAGGAUUAUCGCGUCAAGAUGUGUACGCAAGUUACGCACAAGGAUUUCAUUACCGUGCAUCACGAGCUGGCGCACAUACAGUACUUCCUGAACUAUCGCAACAAUCCGAAAGUGUUCCGAGAUGGAGCAAAUCCGGGUUUCCAUGAAGCGAUCGGUGAUGCAAUCUCGCUUUCCGUCGCUUCGCCCAAGCAUCUGCAAAAUCUGGGCCUGGUCCAGAAGUCCGUCGAUGAUACGGCGCACGACAUUAAUUUCCUGUUUUCACUGGCGAUGGAAAAGGUAGUUUUUCUACCAUUUGCCCUCGCCCUUGAAGCCUGGCGGUAUGACGUCUUCAGCAAGCGCGUCCGUAAGGAGCAGUACAACUGCCACUGGUGGUUGUUAAGGGAGGAGUAUGGCGGUGUUAAACCACCGGUGCUUCGGUCCGAACUUGACUUUGACCCUGGUGCAAAGUACCACGUGGCAGCGAACAUCCCUUACAUCAAGUGA